AUGGGCAUCUUCACGCAUCGCUUCCGCUUUAUUAUCGCAUUCGGAUCUUUUUUAUGCCUUGCCUCAAUUAAUUCUAACAAUAUUGCGAUGAAUUUUAUGUUUAUUUGUAUGGAAAAUGAUAUGGAGGGAGCGGUUGCUGAUGGUAAUGGUACGCUAAACAUGAGAUUACCAUUACUUAUUGCUGGGAUUUUAUCAAUAUUAGCGACGACGAUGAUUCCGAUAGCCGCUAGUUCCGCAUUCUCUUUCUUGUUAGUGCUGCGAUUGGUUCAGGGUAUAGGCUACUCAGGAGCAUUCACGGCCAUCGGAAAUAUUACCGCAACCUGGGCCCCGCCAGCCGAAACCGGGCUCUUCAUGUCGCUAUUGUCCUGGUUUAUCCCUGUCUCGACCAGCGUCACUUACCUGUUUGCUGGAUGGGUAGUU